GAAAUGUGCAAGCAGUCUUGUGCAGAAAUGGGAAAGGGUUUUGCCUGACCAAGGAACACACUCUACGAAACACCAAAGAAAGAAGAAGAGCCCUUUACAGUGGAGAAGUGAUCAGUUCCGAUGACCCCUAUGGGCUCUUGGAUGGGCACAUCAAAACCACCAGGGGUCUUGGAUUCCAUGGAAACAUCAGACUAAAAAAGUCCAUUAUUCCAGCACCGCAAACGAUUUCUGUCCCUAUAGAUGAUUUAUGUCAGUUUCUCAUCUUAGCCACUAACGGACUUUGGCAAGUUCCGGACAAGAAGGAAGUCACCGCACUGGCAAUCACCUUGUUUCAUGCAUAUAAAGGAACACAUGUUCCUGUCCCUAAGAACAAACCCUGGCCACCUAUAGGCCUCCUUUCCCCACCAGACAGUAGCAUCCGAGUGCUGUUCCAGUACCAGCCUGAAAAUGAGGACGUUAUGUCAACUAUAGNUGUAACGCAAGGGUUAUCNGACUCAGUAUANGCUGAAGCUUCCAGUCAUCAAGGUAGAUCUGCAGAAACAUUUCUUCCAGAAGUGAUUCCUCCUCAUGACCCUUGCAGCACAAAAGAAAAUGGUACUGUAGACACUAAGCAGGAAAGUGAGAAAGAACUAUGUAUUAAGAAUUUCUACAAAGGUGCAUCUGAGUACAUUGGCUGUGAACUCGUAAGUGCUGCAAUAGAAGGUGGUUCCAGAGACAGCAUCACUGUCAUGGUCAUGUUUCUCAAUGGAAGUGAGUAUCACAGGCUGACAUAA